CCUAAUUUCUGAAAUUAAAUCAAAACCUAUCAAAAAUGAAAAUAGAUGAUGGAGAAGAAGAAGAAUUGAUGCAACAGCUCAGAUUCAAAGCAACGGAACUUCUACUCAGAGAAGAAUAUAAAGAAUCAAUUCAAUUUUACACUCAUUUCAUAUCCCUCUCUAAAAACCACCUCUCAAAAAUCACAUCCAAAUCUGAAAAUUCAGAUCGAUUCAACAAAUUACAGAAAAAUCUUUGCCUAGCUCUAUCAAAUCGAGCUGAAGCAAAAUCAAAGAUCCGUCAUUACGCGGAAUCACUUGAAGAUUGUAACGCAGCAUUGGAAAUCGAGAAUACCCAUUUCAAAACCCUUGUCUGUAAAGGUAAAAUCCUGUUACAUCUUAAUCAAUGUGUGAAUGCUUAUAAUUGUUUUCAAUCUGCUUUACAUGAUAAUGAACCUAUUCAGAACAGUGAUAUUGAAAUGAUAAAUGGGUUUUUAGAUACAUGUAAGAAACUUGAAUAUCAAUCUAGGACUGGGGUUUAUGAUUUGUCUGAUUGGGUAAUAAAUGGGUUUUCCAAAGACCAAAAUCCAGAUCUCGCUGAGUUUAUAGGACCGGUCGAGAUUAAGAAAUCUGAGAUAAGUGGUCGAGGUUUGUUUACGACGAAGAAUUUUGAAGCAGGGAGUUUAUUGUUUGUUACUAAGGCAGUUGCUACUGAUAGAGGGAUUUUUUUGCGGGAAUGUGGUGAAGAUUCAAAGAUGGUUAUGUGGAAGGAUUUCGUCGAUAAAAUUGUUGAUGUUGCGACGAAAUGUAGAAAGACUUAUGAUUUGAUUUGCAGAUUAACAACUGCGGAAGAAGAAGAAAUGCUUCAAGUUCCUGACAUUAGUGUUUUCAGGCCUGACAAUGAUGAAUUUUUAUUAUCUGAGGAUAUGAAACCAGAUGUUGCAAAGAUUCUGAACAUCUUGGAUGUGAACUCACUAACUGAAGAAGAUGGAAUUGCGGCUAAAGUUCUUGGAAAGAACAGUGAUUAUUAUGGUGUUGGUUUAUGGAUUUUGGCAUCUUUUAUUAACCACUCUUGUGAGCCUAAUGCGAGGCGCCUGCACGUCGGAGAUCACCUAAUGGUUCAUGCUUCACGAGAUAUCAAAGCUGGAGAAGAAAUAUUUUUCGCGUAUUUUGAUGUUUUAACACCAUUAAGCAAGAGAAUAGAGAUGUCUAAAACUUGGGGAUUUCAUUGUGGGUGUAACAGAUGCAGAUUCGAGAGGGAUAUCUAUAUCCGUAAUCAGGGUUUGAAUGAGAUUGAGAUUUUGCUGGAGUGCGGGUCAGAUAUAGGUAAUGUAAUUUUCAGAUUAGAGGAAUGGAUGAAGAGAUGGAUGCUCAAGGGGGAGAAAAGGGAGAAGGGGUACUUGAGAGCUUCAUUCUGGAGGAUAUUUUCAGAAGCUUACGAGUCGGAGAAGUCUAUGCAAAGGUGGGGACGGCGGAUCCCAGCGGGCGAGGUUGUUGGGGAAAGUGUGGCAGAAGCAGUAGGCAGUGACGAAAGAGUUCUGAAAAUGGUGGUGGAAGGGUUGAGAAGAAAUGGUGUUAUCGGGGGAGUUGUGGAGGUGGAGAAAGAAAUGAAGCUAGGGAGAUCUGUUUACAGUAAGGUGUUCAAGAAAAGAAAGGCAAUGAAAGCUCUACUUGAGCUUUGCAUUCGUUAGAACUAAAUUUUGGUUUUGUUUCAUUGAUUUAGAUAUUAACCAUCAUCGUUGAUUAGUACUUUCAUGUUUUAUUGACCACUACUAUGAUUUGGUUUUCUUAAGAAAUAAGCACUUCACAAAUUGCAGGCAAAGAAGUUUCAGUAACUUGGCUUGAAAAACUAGUAGUAUUUUCGUACCGUGUCAAACUGGGAUCUGUUUUAUCAAACUGAAUGGAAAAUAACUUCGGUGCAGACUAAGAACAAGAUGCCCUCAAAAUUGAGGGGUUGAACUCAAAAUGAGCAAAUCAAAGCAUUUAAAAAGAUUUGCUCAUCACGCUAGUACCUGAACUACCAACAUGGAGAAAAAGUACAACACUUUUUGGAAAGCAGAUUGCCCCCCAAAAAUCAGACUUUUCCUCUGGAAAGUCAGCUACAAUGGUCUACCAACAUUUGAUGCGCUGCAUUAUAGACACAUAACUACCUCCAACCUGUGUCCGAUCCGCAACCAACAUCCAGAAACGGUGCAACAUUGCUUAUUUGACUGCCUACGAGCGAAGGAGACUUGGGAAAUUAUGUGUCGGCACGUAAAUGGCUUGGCCAGCCAAUACAAUGUUUACAACAACAUUGCACUACCACCUCACCUGUGGCCCACAAUCAUUGCUCAACAACAACUUUGCGCUAGAACCCAAUCUGGGGACCAAAGGUCGGGUAGAAGAACAACAACACCAACUCUGAUACAGCAACCUGUCAACUUUGAGUCUUUUUUGGAAAUGCACACAAGGAAGGAGGAUUUCACGUUGGCUUGUUAUACAAUGUGGAAUAUUUGGUUAGCAAGAAGUGCUAAGGUUUACAACAGCCAAGUGCAAACAUCGAAACAAAUAUUUCAUAUAGCUCUACUACUCAGCCUGGAAUACAAAUGGGCAGUCCAACACAAUUUUGCAGCCAACACGCUACACAACAACAACAACGGCAUAGGUCGACUACGAUUUGGGUUCAAUGGAAGGCCCCCCAAAACCAAUGGCUCAAAAUCAACACUGAUGGAGCGUCCAAAAUAAACAAUCAAGGCGAACCAGAGAUGGCUGGAGCGGGUUGGAUCUGCAGAAAUGAACAUGGUACAAUGAUUAUGGCUAUGGGAACACCACUAGGAAAAACGACAUCAAUCGUGGCAGAGACAUGGGCAUUACUACUAGCUCUGAGGAUGGCGGCCCUCAAAGAAUGGAACACCAUCCAAUUCGAAAUGGACUCAACGGCGCUGUUAACACUUGUAUCGAAGGACCCCUCUGAGGCACCUUGGAUCAUACGAACAUUGUUACAAGAAAUACAACAACAUCUCCAUUUACUACAUCCUUAUGUGAUAACACACACAUAUAGGGAAGCGAAUCAAGCGGCGGAUGGACUUGCAGACUUUGCAGCAAAAAAACAAUUACAACACGGGAUUGGAAUCAGCAACAGAACAUCAACCCACAUAUGGGAGCACACUACUCCUGAUUUCCUUAAUGUAAUUGUUAUGAAUGACUCGGUGGGGACUCGUUAC